AUGACUGUGGUACCAGUAUAUGGACUCGAGUGUAAAUACGAGCGGAGGCAGAAGAAGCGUGGCAAAGGUUCCUUGAGAAUUAACUCCGGUGAAAACUCAAGCACAAACCCAAACGAACCGAUGACACCGACCACCAGCGUGAACUCACCAUCAUCAAGCCCUACCGCCUUCCAUCUCUCAAUACCUUCAACACAUCUCUUCUGCCCUGAAGACAAAGACGGUUACCACAACGAGUUUGUUAGCGUUGCUUCGAGUGAACAAUCAUCGCAGCACUGCACACCAGAACCCCCGUUCUCAUCAUUAUAUAAAGCCGAUCCGGAGACUACUGUAUAUACAAAUGGAAGAUCCCGUGGCAGUGGAGGUUUACAGCAACAGCAUAAACAUUGUUUCGAAAUCCCAGAACCAAUCAGCUAUGCCCCUCAGCUAUUGAACCGGACACACCCCGGACCCUUCGACCCGGCCAAAUGUACGACUCCGACUCCUCCUUCAAACCCAGUGCCUAUCACCCCGCCUGAAGGCUACCAGAUGCUUCCGUAUAUGCCUCUUUGUGCCAACUGUCACUGUAAUCCCUCGGUACGGCUAUAUUCUGGGUCAAUCUUGUGGCUACCAGUGGCACAGUCACAGCUGGGCGACGGGUCGGAGUACAGCGGAUUAACGAUGUGUGAGGGUGGCACAUACUGCUUCCCUGACCAGCAGAAGGCUAUGAUACGGGAGUCAUGA